CGGCGGCGAAGGUAGUGGGACUGGAGACCUGGACUUGGGCUCCGCUCCCCUCAGUCUAGUGCUAGAUGGGAUGCCGUGUGUUGUGUCAUGAACCUCUCACAUCUGCUCUGUGUGUUGCUAGCCCACCUCACCACAUACACCGAUGGAGAAGAAGAAGGCCAGCGGGUGAAGAGGCCGCGGGCGCCGGCGAGUCCAGAUCUGGACAUCGCUCCUGACCAGGCGCUGGACGAGCGGAAUGGCCCGCCGAAGCAGCCCUCCGUGCCUCCAGGGUUCCUCAGUCCGUCGGUCAAGGAGUACUUGGAGCUCGGCAAGUCCAUUCCGGGACGACCUGGUGCCGACUACCCCGUGUUGUCCGUGGUGCCGUACACAGACUUCUACUGCGAGGACCAGCCGUACCCGGGGUUCUUCGCCGACAUGGACACUCGCUGUCAGGGUUGGCACUACUGCGACAUCGACGGCCGCCAGACGACCUUCCUGUGCCCCAACGGCACCCAGUUCUCGCAGGCCGUGUUCGUGUGCGACUGGUGGUUCAACGUGAGGUGCGAUCUGAGCCGCCAACUGUACCCCAUCAACGCGCGGCUGUACCGCCGCCCCAAGCUAAGCCCCACCAGACCUCACAGACUCAUCACCAAGCAGCUGCUCGACAACAUCUUCGUCUGAUCGCCGCAGUGUCGGUCCAGACGAUACACAUUCCACACACAAACACACUUCCAACAGUUGCAUAAAGCAUGGUAACACUCAUCAGCACCUGUGACUGUUUACACUCAGUCUUCUAUUAUUAAAUUAAACAGUUUUUUUGUAGUUGCAAACUAAAUCACAAUCACACUUAUGAUGACUUUGAAUAUAUUCAUACAAAGUAUCAAGGAUGAUAAUCAAGUCAAUUAGGAUGAUUAAGAAGAGAAAAGCCAAGUGACAAUGUAUGUGUCGACCUGCAGCAUAUCACCAUCACAACUCUGAUUAUAUUUAAUGUACUAAAAAAUUAAAAAGCGAUUUAAAAUGUUUUACAGAAAUUUAAAAAUAGUACAAGAAGAACAAUAAAAGUAAGUAUCUAGGAAAGAUAAAAGUAAGCUGAAACGGGUAAUAGCAAACGCAAUUUAAUUAGUUACAAAGACAAAAGGCAGAAAAGAAGCUUGCACUGUGUUGCAGUGGACCGAGAAUAUUCGAAUGUUCACAGGACUCAAUUUAGACUUGAAACACCAAUCUCAAAUGGACAGUGAAAACGAAAACUAACCUCACAGACAUUAAUGACAUGUGUACAAAGUUUUAGUUUAGUGUAGAGUUAUAAAAAAGUGAACUAUGUAAAAUAAUGUAAUGAAAUAAAUUAUAAAUAAGGUUUUUA